AUGUCGUUUGAUGAUGUUGAGGACGAGCUCAGGCAGAGGCGGCAUGAUCCAUCUCAUGCACGAGAGGGCGAAGAUUUAGAUGUGUUUGACCCUGAUGUGUGGCGAGAGGCUCGUUCUGUGGCUGUCACCCGCACUCGUCAGCUCCUGCAAGAAGACGGGGACAGCCACACGUGUGUCAUCGUCGAUGACAACUUCUAUCGGCGGUCUAUGCGGAAAGCCUUUGCCAAACUGGCCAGAGAAUGUCAGUGGGCCACACACACGGGAGGGCCUUCUGCGGUGCGGACCGCCUGUUUGGCCUGUCUUUGUGUGUGAGGUACAGGUGCGAGUGGGUUCGUGCAGCUGCUGCUUGAUCUGCCAGCUGAGGCUGCCGUCGCGCGCAACGAGAAUAGGAGCAGUUGUCCGUCGCCCUCCGUCCCUUCAUUCGUCAUCAGGCACAUGGCCGAGUGCGUCGAGUGGCCGCCAUCGUCCACCGAUCUCUCGGCGAGUGGCCAACAUGACCACAAGAGCACGGCGACGGCCGCCAAUGGUGUGCACUAUCGAAUCCGUUGGGAGUCGGCCGUCGAGCGGUCGACGGCCCACAUCGACUCGACCACACCCCCCGAUGACAUGGUUGGUUGUAUACACACAUAGCCACCGUCACAACCUGUGUUGAACACACACUCAUUCGUUCGUCGCCUUCAGGUGUCGUCGAUUGUGCGUUGGUUGUCCGAGAGUGUGGAGCCCUGGCGCCCAAUCGUCGCUGUGGACAGUGAGGGCCGAGAAAGCGGCGAGGGCACGACAGACGGAGGGAGAGGAAAGGUCACCUCGUCGCCAAUCCAGGAGAUCGAAGUGCGACUUAGGCGGCUGAUCAGCGAGGCUCUCAAGACGUGCUCGGGAGGUGACAGAGGUCAGCCCAGGACACAUAUGCAAGAGUGAGCGUGUCGACAAUGAUGCCUCCCUCCUUCGCUGUGUGUCAGGUGUGACGGGGGAGCUUGCUCAGCGGUGGAGCCGUCUCAAGAGUGAGUUCAUGCGAGAAGUUAAGGCGCAGGUGGCCGCCAGGAAUGGGGAGGGUGUAUGUGACGAUGAAGCACUGGAUGGUCUGUAUGACGCCUUCAUGCGGAGAUGCCAGCAAGACGCGGCCGACUAUUUGUCGACAGGUGCGUGUUCAAGUUGA